GGUGGUGUUACACAGGAUGCACCAACGCAGCAAAACUAUCAAUGACAGGAGGAAAACGCUUUAAGUCAAGACUGCAAGGUGUUUAAAAAGUCCCCCUGUGCAAAAAGGUUGAACACCUCUGAGAUUCAGUCUUUUUUGUAAUUUAAAAAAAGCUUUUUUACCCCCUUUUGUAACCACUGACUCGAGCUCAAGAGGAUUGGAGGGAGUGCGGCUGGCUUACAGAGAAGAUAAGGGAGCUAAUUCCUUGCCUCUUCUCCUUCUGCUCUUUGAUCCUCACCUCCCGCUUCAUACCGCUUUGAUUGCCAUGUUUAUGACAGCUUCUUUUCCUUUUUUUUUUUUUGCGUCUUUCCUCUCUCCCUGUGUGGUGUGGCGUGUCAGCAGUUCAUCUUCAGCUGGUGGUGCUCUCGCACACAGACACACACUGGAGCGGAGCGCGUUCUCACCGAGAAACACCCCCGCCUCCAUCCUCACAAAGUUUUCCUGCGUGAGUCGCAGUGCUGGAGCGAAAGUGACGUCGUGCGCAAAGACGGAGUGGGUGUCAUGGAACACAACGGCGAUACCAACCCAGAAGCACCGACCUACCAGAACCUGCUGCUCCUGGGAGCCAUUGCGGCGGCGUCCGCGUUUGUGGUCACCAUUCUCAUUGUUCUCGUCUGCGUAGGUUGCCAAAGAAAAAGCAAGAGCAAGCACCCCCCAGCUGGAGAGAAAGGGACAUCUGUAAAUUUGCAGGGUACGCUUCGGCAUCCAAAACUCAACUCCAUGAGCAAAUCUGACACCAGGCUGCACGAGAUAAAUCGCUUUCCUUGCAAUGGAAACUCUGUUAGUAAGAGCCGCCCUGCCAGCAUGGACCUCCUGCUCCUUCACAGUCGGCGGUCGCAGACAGACUUGAGGCCGUCCCAAGGGCGCCAGCUCCCCCAGAUCCCCACCAGUCCACAGGGAUCUGGUCAAGCGGGGGACACGGGAGGUGACGGUGGAGGAGGAGGGGAAAGAGGGGAAGUUAGGGACCAUACCUACACCGAGGUUGGCCUGCGCAAUAACCCCACCCCCACACACUACCUGGACGACGGCCUCUACGAAAGCGUAGGCGUCCGGGAAGGUGACGCAGGCCCCAAAGCGCCCCCUGCUCCGCCUGCCACAUCGGCCAACAACAGUCCAGCAGUCAGAGAGGCUCAAAGCCCCCCGGCCAAUGCAAGCGGCGCUCGUCAUGGGAACGGUGUCAAAGGGAAUGGCAGAGGGAAUGGCACCAAUAAUGGAACAUUGGGAAGAGGGAACGGGACGGGUGGAGCAAACCGCUCUCCUUUGUCCUCCGUCAACUCUCUGGCAAUUCAAGAUCCAACUUCAGCCGAGUACGCUUCCAUACGAAAGUUUAGGAAGGCUGACAAGCUAAACCGGAAAGAGAAUAGUGGCGCUGACAGCCAGUCUGACAGCCAGUCGAGUGUGAGCGACUCCCCUUCUGCUGCCCCUCCUGCACUGCACCGCAGUCAGGAGAUCCCACGCAAACCGCUGGAGCCGUUUCAUCUCCAUUCUUUCCCAAAGGAGGCGGUGUUCAUGGGAAACGGGGAGCAGUACAUCUGGAAGCCUCCAGAGGACGACGACAUUAUUACCUUGCACCCGCCGCCGCCGCACCGUGGAGAGAACAUACAAGGGCAGCCGUCUCCUCCGACGGCAAAGGAGAUUGCCGACACUUACUCCAUCGUGUGCAAAUCGCAGAAGAAGAGGCCUCCGAUGGAACACAAUGGAGCAAAGACCCUCCCACGCUCCUUCGGUGGAGACAGAGGAAACCAGGGUUCCCGAGGCCGGGGCCGAGGAGUUCAAGGCCAGGCCCGCUCCCAGGAGGAGCCGUGCUACGAGCCAGUAGGCGACAGGUCCUGGUCCACUCCGGUGGCCGAGUCGGACCCCGCGUAUGCUAGCAUUGACACCCAGCGAAAACGCGAGCAAGGGGGAGCCAGUAACAUCACAAGCGGGGGUAGCGCCACGCUAAAGAGGAAAAAGCAAGCGACCCAGCAGCAGCAGCCACCAGCACCAGCGGCUCCUCAAGCCUCAGGACCAAAUCCUCCCCUUGCUAGAGGGCUCCCAGGAGGGGAGAAUUUCUAUGAGACCAUCAGUGAUGUAAAACAAGGGGCGAACAGCUCCAGCACCACAACCAUCUUCACCUUCAACGAUGGGAUGGAGAUGUAUGUGACUGGCCUGUAGCUCUCUGCCUGGCAGAGGCCUCUGAAUCCUCUAGUUCAAGAGGUCUUUUGGUUCACCGAGCGACAGGUUGCUGUACAUAGACACAAGGCAGGCCCUCUAUUGUCAGUCAACUUGAGGAUCCAUUUGGUGUUGACAUCAGGUACAAACAGGGUCUUAAUUCAGGUUCAGACUUCCUUUGAUUGGUGUGUACUUCAGAACCAGCCUAAGCCUAGUCCAGCCCAAAUACUGACCAAAUGCAUAUUUACAAUGAAAAAAGAAGGAAGUGUUUUUGUCUCUGACCAUAUUCACUCACUUGUGCACCAUCAUUUGAUUUUUUGUGUGAACACUGUACUUUCAAACGAGGACGUGGUAUAACUCACUGCCUAACACAAACACAUUUUAAAGGGUAACCAAGCACUAAGUCAACUUCUAAAUCAAUCCUUCUAGCUCCCUAAUUUUUUUAACGAUUUUCACAAAACAUGGCCCGAAUCAAAACUUAGAAAAUGAUUGAUGUUGUGGUAUUUUCCAGAGUAUAAGUCGCUAUGGAGUAUAAGUUGCACAUUUAGGAGAAAAGUCUGACGUUUCAGAACGUAUCUGCCAAGUCAAGUGAAGCUAAAAACAUAAAGAAAAUUAUCAGAGUUUAAGGGGAAAAUAAUCAGAUUCUCUUCCAUGUUUGCUUUCGACAACACUUCUUCUGCCGCUGUCAGUAGCAAAUACUUUUAAUACAGCGCCCUCUAGCGGUUGCUAGUGUAAACAACCGCUAAAAGACAACCAGUGUUUACUGGGAACAUAACAAAUAUAUAACCUUUUAGAUGUCUAAAAAAAUACAAAUACUAAGUCACUCCUGAGUGUAAGUCGUACCCCUGGCUAAACUAUGAAAAAACUGCAACUUAUACUCUGAAAAAUACAGUAUUUACAUUUUUAUUAUCUCAAAAAACUACGCUGGAAAUAGUGCAAGAACUGUGCCUUCUAGUGUUACAGCUAUAAAGCUAACCUGUCAAUCAUAGAUCCAAGCCACAGCUCCGCGGCUCAGUCCGGCUCCACUAGCCCCGCCCCCUUUUUCUGCAUUUUUCAAAUCUGGGCUGAGAAUAGAGUCAGCCUCCAAUUCAAUUUUAUUUAUAUAGCCCAAUAACACAAAGAAAAAAUUGUCUCAUUUGGCUUCAUGCCGGUAAGGUAAGUCAUAAAAUAGGAACAUAGCUAAAAACUAAACGGACUAAACAAAACAGGUUAUCCCUGCCCUUAGACCCUCCCUCCUGGUAAGGAAAACUCCUAAAAAAAACUGAUUCAGGAAAAAAGAAGAAACCUUAGGGAUGCUCACAUGAGGGAGAUAUCCUAUCCCAGGAUGGACAAGCAAUUUAUCAGGACUAUUAAAGAAAAAAUAGCUUCUACAACAAAUUAGCCUUCAACUGCCCUGUUUGGUUACCCUUUAAAUAUAAAUCUGCAUGCAUUGUGCAAACUCAUAAAAAAGUGUAGCAAUUAAAAAUUGAUAUUUAUUAAGUGUAAAGUAACCAAAAAAGUCACCAAAAAAAGAGAAAAAAAAACACACACUCAUGCCUCAUCUCUGAUGACAUUGUCACAGAAAUCUGCGGUGCUUCUCUCUUCCGUGUCAAAUGUGAAACGGGUUUAAAAGCACACUGACCUGCUGCCGGGCAGACGGCAUCGUGGAGCGCUGUGCAAACACGGGCCUUUAUGUAAGCCGCCGGCUCACAUACAGGAGCGGAUGACGCUUUCUGACUUCAGUCCACGGGACUUCAUCGGUGGACCCGGAUGUUACCAGUAACACCUUUCAUUAGACAGUGAGUUCUCCUUGAUAAUGGAACCUAAAAUAGAAAAAAUACAAAUUUGAGAAACAUCUGUAGCCCGAGGAAUGUUGACACACCCAACACACCCCCACUCAGACACACAUAUUUAGCAAAGUCAUGCAAGAUGAAGGGAGCAGGACAGGGCCGUGAGUGGCUUCUGCAAAAAUGUCUGAGACUCACGCUUGCAUGACAGGAAUAAGAGAUAGAUCCUUUUUUUUCUAGAGAAAUAAACAGAUAAAUAUAAUAAUAGUAACAAAACAUUGUUUUCUGCUGUUUUAGAAUAAAAAGUCCACUGGGGAUUGUAAAUAACUGAUUUUAGGACCAUUGUCAUUUUUUUUUUUUUUUUUUUUACUGGCAAGCUGCAGGACUGCUGGGCCUAACUGUGCACUGGAGGGUAGAGGAUGUAUUCCAGCGCGGUUCUGAUUUGCUUUCUGGACUCCAGUCAAAGCCAGAACUCCCGCUUAGCUCACCGGAUUUAAAACCGUGGUUAAAAAAAUUGUGGCAGAAUGUUUGGACUCCAAAGAAAAUACUGAGCUGUGGAUGCAUGAAAAUAACCAUCUAGUGUCCUUUGGAAAGUUUUCCAUUCUCCUUCUCCUUGUUUCUGUCCUGAAAUCUCUUCCAUUACAAACAACCUCUUUCCCUUGUUGCUUUGGGGAACAUUUAAAAAAAGAAAGAAAAAUUUGGCAGAAAAAAACUUUUGGACUAAAAAGCUCAGUCACAUCGAGACAAACUGGUGUGUUAAACAAGUUAGUAACAACCAUCUAUAAAUACUACUGUGUCAAAAAAUAUGUACAAAAGAAAUGCACACUGUAUUUUAAUGCACUGUUUUUUUUUUAGCUUACUAAUGAUAACAUUGGUAAAAUAGCUCACACCACUGCCAUGAAAAAAGUAUGUUUAUUAUGUUGUUGGUGCAGUUUUUUCCUGCUUGAUCAAAUAUGUGCAUGCUUUGAUAUAUGGAGAUGAAAACUGAUAUUGUUUGACUUCGUUCAUUUCGUUUGCGACGCCUCCGUUUUACGCAAAGUAGCAUUCACUUUUUUUCAGCAGCUGAGUCGAAAGAAAAGGAGGUGAACAUGGCUAGCAGUGUUUUUUCUAGACUCUUUAAUGAGGAGGAAGGAGUGAGAUGGGAGGGGUGGGGCACGCACGGCCUUUAAAGUCCUCCUAUGAGAUUUUUUUUAAUUUAAAAAAUGUUCUUAGUAGUGUUUUAAUUAGAAUUAAGAAGUUUUUAACCAAAAUCCCACAACCUAAAUGUCUUAAAAAGUCCUUUUUCACGUUGAUCUGAAGCCUCUGUUUCCAAACUCUCCUCUGAGGGGGCGUGACUUUUGGAGCUGAGGAGCUCCACCCCUGAUCGCUAGCCGGACCAGAUGAGGGGUUUAGCGCAUGUGCAGCCUAGCUGUGACGUAAAGACGGCUCAUUAAUUCAAACAGAGUGUUUCUACGACAGUUUGAUUGACAGUGAAUAAAAGGAGAAAUUCUCGAAAAUGCAAAAACAAAAUGAUUUCUUGUUACAUUUGUUGUCUUUCAUAAGAAAAAAUGUCACACAGACAUGUUAAAAACUAAAAAACUGGACUUUCAUCAGAGGGGGACUUUAAAGGCAGAUGAACCCAAAAACACAAUGCGUUUUUCCUUCUGCUGGUUCAUUCCGUGCACGCUCUCCCUCUCUCUCCUUGUAAUUUUUUUUUACUCACAUUUUCUCCCAAACAGGGGCCUUUGAUGUCCAGUUCUAAGGGACUUGGGAGGGAGGGGGUUGAUAUGUGGGUUGAGAAAGGGGCAAGGGUUGUGGGUCAAGUCAACCCCGGCCUGAUAUCAGCUAUUCACCAACAGCUCAGCUACUGUCUGAUAUGAGAAAUGGUCAACAGCUGCCGUUCCGUACAAGUUCCCAUGGAGCUUCUCUUAAACAAUGCAAAUUGGAAAUCGCUAUCACACUUGGUUAUUUAUUUAUUUACUGUGGCUGUCACCUAAUGUGUCAAAAUGUUCUUUUAUCCUGAGAGUAAAGCACUGAUAUGAUAUACUUUAUUGAACGCUGUUAGACACUUGAGUGUGACAGAUGUUCAUUGCACAAAUAUAUUAAGAAGAUGUAAAUGUGUAAAAUACUCUGUUGCUGUUCUGAUGUUGUUCUAUUGUAACAUACAGUAUAUUUGUUGACCUAAAAAAAACAAAAGAUAUUAUUAUCAAAGACACAUUGUACUAUGUGGAUGCAAAAUGUUUCCAUGCUUUCCAUGCAGAUACAAAUGCUGUUUAACUGUCUAAUCAUAUAAUUAUGGGCCAAUACUGCUGUGACAGCUGUAGCCAAUGUUGUAUGUUCUUAAAGCACAGGGUUUAGUUUAAAAAAAAAGAAGAAUAAAUACAAUAAAAUAUAGUGUGACAGUGCAGAUAUGCAAAAGAUUGUAAUGUUUUAUAUGACCCUUCAUAAAAUAUAAAAGUGAGUUUUUACUUUUCUAAUAAAGUGGCACAUUAUACCAUGAUUGUUUGUGUCAUAUUCUAUGAUAAAAAAUGUUGAGCAUCACAUAAAUACUAUUAAAGUCCCACUCUGAUCAUCUUGAUAUAUUGUGAAAGCAGUGGGAUUUUUUUAUUAUGAUUAUGGUGAUUAUGGCC